AUGGAUAUGUUUGCUAAACUGAAACCUUCCAAAGGGAGAAAGAAUGUGGAGACAACAAACAGAGUUGAAACUACAGAUCCUGUUGAAGUCGGCAGUCCUGCCGCAGGAGGCAAGUACUUAGAUAAGAUUACAAUGAAUCAGUAUGACAAGAUUUCGUACCACUUCCCCAAGUUUCCAGGAAGAGUGGAGGCUGUUAAUAAUGAUCCUGUAUCACUACCGACCAGCUUGUCACAUUCCUAUAGUUUAGAAUGGGAGAAUCUAUUCAACAAGCCAAACAUGUUGCCAUCGUUAAAGGAAAGAGCUGUGGCAGGUAACUUACGCAGCUGUAGGUUCCGAAGUAUUGCCUGGAAGAUCUUUUUGGAGGUGCUUCCUUCAGACAAGAGUCAGUGGAUUGACAGAACACGGCAAAACAGGAAUAAUUAUGAGGAGCUAAGAGAGUUUCUGAUUGUUAACCCAAGGAAGGCAGUGGACUCAGUUGACAUAACUCUGAACAACCCACUUUCUCAAGAUGAGGAGAGCCCAUGGAACAAAUUUUUCCAAGACAAUGAACUGAGACUAACUAUUAAGCAGGAUGUGAUCAGAACACAUCCAAAGAUUGAGUUUUUCCAGUCCAAUCAGCUGAGGAACUUGAUGGUGGACAUUCUGUUCGUUUAUGCCAAGGAAAAUCCAGACAUUUCAUAUAGACAGGGGAUGCAUGAACUACUGGCUCCGUUGAUCUUUGUCCUGCAUUGUGACCACCAGGCCUUUCUGCAUGCUUCUGAGAUGGACAACAAACUGAAUGUGAUGAAGGAAGUUUUGGAUCCAGCAUUUCUAGAACAUGAUGCUUACACCAUGUUUUGUCAGGUGAUGACAACAGUGGAGCCGUGGUAUUUGUCUAGAGAUAUGUUCUAUCUCCCAACUAAGACUGGGUCAACAAAAAGCCUGGAGCUCAUCAAUGCAUGGCAUGUAAGUCUUCGAGACCUUUCAUCUUACACAAGCCGGUGGUUGCGGCUGCUCUUUGGCCGAGAAUUUCCCAUGCAGGACUUGCUAAUGUUGUGGGAUGCAAUUUUUGGUGACGGCAUUGCAUUUGGCCUGGUAGACUACAUCUUUGUGGCCAUGCUUCUGUAUCUUCGGGACAUUUUGUUGACCAGUGAUUAUACAGUCUGCCUGACUGUCCUCAUGAAGUUUCCACCGGUUGCUGACGUGCAUUACUUUGUGGCCAAAGCUUUGUGGAUACGUCAACCAAAUGUGUACCCACAGCCGGCCAACUACACCCACCAGGGCAGUAUCCGUGUCAGCAGCAGCAUGGGCAGCAGCACAGACAACAUCAGCAAUGAUGGAAGUGCCAAAGAUUUCAGGAAAUACUUUGUCGACAAUCCAGCAGGAUCCACUGUCAGCCUAUCCCACGUUGAAGAAUCCAUGUUCAGACACAACCAGCUAGCUUCAAGUCUUGCUCAGCUUGAGGACUCGAACCUCCGGAGUGCCCAAUCCAGCCCAGGGAUCCAUCAUUCCGCCAUGUUCAUGCUCACUCCAGAUGAUGUUGGGACAAAUGACAGUCCUUCAACUUACAACAGUUUACCUGGCAAAUCCUCAAACCAGCAGAAGAUGACAAAAAUGGAAAGAGAACUCCAGGAUUCUGUCUCACGUUUACAAAGGGAGCUAAGUAACAAAAACUCCAUGUGCCGAUACUGUUCAAGCAAGCUGGAUGUGCACAUCAUUCGACUACAGCAAGACUUGUCCAGACAGAAUGUGAAAGUGGAUGAAGAUAUUAUGUUGUCGCUGGCUGGUCUUAAACUGGUUCGUGACAUCUUGAACGGGACUAUACCAUUCUCCCAAGACAUUGCUGCUGAUGAUGAUGAUGUCCGCCAUAAUGACGAUUACAGUGGGAGUCAGUAUGGAGGGGGAGAUAAUUUCAACUCUGGAUUGACUUCCCCUGAAACAGACAUAAGUUUAAGUGCUGCCCUCUAUGAAGACAACAACCGGAGAGCUUCUGAACAGCAUGGUAAUGAUGCACCCAGUCCACCCGAUUUUCAGCCGCCUGAUUUUACAGCUCAGGACUUUGAGGUCAGAGCAAGGGCAAACAAUAUGGUGGAGAUUCACGAUUUUUCUAUCGCUAAUGAGAAAAGCAGUUUCUUAAAGGACAGUUGUGUUACUAACAGUGGUGGUGGUGAAAGUAAAACCUUGGCGGAUAAAAAUGCGGGUUCAAAUCCUAGUCUGAGCAAAGAGCCGCUAAGUUCAAGCAAUUUGACUUCGAAGUUUAUGCGCAUGUUUAAGACAGAUACUUCUAGCAACUCAUAUUCCAGAUCUGAUACAAAGGCAGCUCCACAGCAGAAGGUGUUGGCUGGAGGUGCGGCUUCGGCAAGCAGACUCCCAGAUGGGGGACUGUAUGGUGGUGUAUACAUUCCAACAAGCGGGCAGUGUGGUGGGGCUACGGCCCUGGAAAAUAAUGACCGACAGCUGUCUAGAAAUGAUAUGUGGGAGAGGGAGAUGAUAACACUGGACAAGAAAGGCAGAGUCAGAUGUUAUGUCGAUGAUUAA